UUUAUGAAAAAUAUAAAUAGUCUGACAUAAUCUGUCAAGCAUUUACAGUAUACAUUCUCCAGUAUCAUAAAAUAAGUCUGCUACUGAAUAUAUAAAGAUGUCCAAAUUAUAUAUUUAUGAACCAAUAUCACGAGGUACUGGCAACGCCAUAAACCAAGACGAACUGCAAUGGACCGGAAGCGAUGAGGCCGAUGAAGACGAUGAUGCACCAACGCUGAUGAGCGAACCGCCCACACUUGGACACAGAUCCAUGUCAUUAAUUUCGGAUGUGCAAAGUAGAUUACUGGACUCUCCGAACACCUUUUCACUAUUAACCGGGCACCGGCAAAAGAGAACUUCGGCAAUUGUGGAUUUAUUCGCAAACAAUAUCGUUUUUAAACAUGACCAAGUCAAUGUGUUGAAAACUAAACAGUCUUUUGUAGAAAAAUGGGAAGUGUUUCCACGUCAACAAUUAUAUCAGAAGCCACCUGUCAUCAAGUUUCUCUCGCCGAAUUCUGGAAAAUGCCAAGGAAAGUCUUCUAUGGGUUUGUUUUACAGUCAAAACUUAAGCGUUGUCCCCGAUCAGCAACUGCCAAAUGCCAAUAUUUGUAAGGACUUCUUGGAGGUUGUUGACAUAUCUAAACUGGUGGUCAACGACAUUUUACAAAAAGCUACAGGUGCUAUUGAAAAUUUGAAGAAACGCGAAUCUGCAGAAAGAAAAACUGUUGUUGUAAGAGAAAAAAGACGAUUGAAAUUUUUGACCAUAAGAGACUUCUCCGUAGACUCUGGAGCUAAUUUCAUACAGAACUACAUUCUGAAAUGCAACUCCUUCUACUACGAAUGGAAAGUCUCAAUAGUCUAUGUUAAAAUGCGUACAUAUCCUUCUAGUGAUAUUCAUUUGUAUGAGGCGAACUUCACUUUACCUUCAAGAUUAUACCCUGUAGCACAAGCAACUGCUAGUAUAUUUUUUACUUUGGAAGUAAGCAGAAUUUUGCCUGAACAUUGUCCAGUUCGGGCUUACUUCGUAAUAGAAGGAUACAGGACGAAACUCAACCCUUGGAAAUUUAUUCUAAACGAUGGUAUUUUAUUAAGAGUGUUAGACGCAAAAGUAAAUUACUUUAGAACGUUUACAUUUUAACAUAUCUAAUUUAGAAGGUUUAUUUUACAAUUUAUUAUACUUUGUAU